AUGGCAGACGACGUUGAAAAGCAUCCAGCAGAAGAAAAGAAGCAGGCUUAUGCCCCCGCCAUUGUCGACGACGAUGGAAGCCCCCGCGUCGUGGUCGCGGACAAGCUGGCCCGCAGACUGUCCGCUCGUCAGGUCCAGAUGAUCGCCAUCGGAGGCACCAUUGGCACAGGCCUAUUCCUCGGCACGGGCAAGUCGCUGGCCACCGGAGGGCCGGCUUCGAUGCUCAUCUCUUACGCCAUUGUUGGCGCCAUUGUCUUCGUCACCAUGCUCUCCCUCGGCGAGAUGGCGGCGUUUAUCCCUGUGGCCGGGUCGUUUUGUACCUUUGCUGGUCGCUUUGUCGAUGACGCGUUUGGCUUCGCUUUGACCUGGAAUUACUGGUUCAACGACGCUGUUUCUACAGCCUCCGAUCUGAUUGCCCUUCAGCUGCUUCUGCAGUACUGGACAGACAACUUCCCCGGCUGGGCCAUCAGUCUCAUUUUCCUGUUUUUCGUGAUUGCAUUGAACCUUGUUUCCGUCAGAGCCUACGGCGAGAUGGAGUACUGGCUCAGUUUCUUGAAAGUCGUCACUAUAGUGAUAUUCAUUAUUCUCGGCAUAGCCGUCAACUGCGGUGGCAACAUAAGCCAUCAGUAUCUCGGCGCCAAGUACUGGUACAUUGGCGAUGCUCCAUUCGUUGGUGGCAUCGGUGGAUUUGCGUCCGUCUUUGUUACCGCUUCUUUCGCAUAUGGAGGUACCGAGUCCAUUGCCGUGACCGCCGGAGAGACCAAGAAUCCGUCCAAGAAUCUCCCCCGCGUGGUGCGGAAUGUCUUCUGGCGGAUUUUGAUGUUUUAUAUCCUAUCGAUCCUCAUCAUCGGUCUGAACGUGCCCUAUACCUAUCCCGGUCUCGCCAGCAAGGAUAGCCGCACCAGCCCCUUCACGAUCGUCUUCCAGGAGGCCGGCAGCGCUGUGGCGGGCAGUUUCAUCAACGCGGUCGUCAUGACAAGCGUCAUCUCCGCGAGCAACCACGCCCUCUUCGCGGGAUCGAGGCUGCUGUACGCUCUGGCCGUGGACGGACAUGCAUCUGCCUUCUUUGGCACUCUCAAUCGAUUCCAAGUCCCCUGGGUCGCCGUCCUAGCGACCUCAACCAUCAGCGGCUUGUGUUUUGGAGCCAGCUACAUCGGCGCCGGGCAGCUGUGGACCUGGUUGCAGAACAUCGUCGGCGUCUCGAACCAACUCUCCUGGAUCGCCAUCGGAUUCGCAUCCCUGCGCUUCCGGGCUGCCGUGCGACGGCAAGGCCUCGAGCACCUCCUCCCGUUCAAGAACUGGACAUACCCCUACGGACCCAUCGCGGCCGUGGUCCUGAACAUCGUCCUGGUCCUCGUGCAGGGCUGGUCAUCCUUCAGCCCCAGCUUCCAGGCCGUCGACUUUGUCAGCUACUACAUCGAGCUGCCCGUCAUGCUGGUCAUGUUCCUGGCGUGGAAGCUCGUCAAGCGCACGCGCUUUGUGCGUCUCGACGAGAUGGAUCUCGUUUCGGACCGGUUCGAUGGCGGAUUCAGCGCUGAGGAACGCGCUGAGGCGCUGGAGAUUGCCCGUCGUAGUCCGUUCGCCAGGGGGCAAGGGUGGAAGGAGAGAAUUCAGACCAGACCAGACCAGGUCAAGCCUGGACAGAAGUUACCUCGGAGUUCGUACGAUUAUGUGCGUCAGUCUGGAGGUCCGCCAUACUCAGUGGAGUCUUCUUUGUCCACUCUGUAUAUCCUGGCAAUGACCACGAAUUCAAUCAACUACGGCACGCCGAUUCUGUACUUGAUGGUCAGUCCAUUUAGCAAGUUGCAGCUCACCUCGUUCAAGAAAGUAGUGUUAUGUCCUGUUUACCGCAUUGGUCUGGUCUAUUGUUGCUCUAAGUCGCCCCUAGACCUCCUGACAAUGUCGUCUGUCAACCACGUCACAUGUAGAGACGGACCAGCAGCAUCUCCCUCGCCAAUAUUACCCUAA